AUGUUUAAAAUUAAAUCAUUUAGCGAUGACUUAAACAAUGAUGUCUAUGAAUCGCAUGUGUCGACAGUUCCGGCCACAAGAUUGGAUGUGCUGUCAGUUAAAGACAAAUUGGACACUAGUUUACAUGAGUUCAGAGCCCGUGAAACUGGUAUUUGUCCCGUUAGGCGAUAUUUGUAUGACCAGUGUUUCGAUGAAAUUAUAAGACAAGUAACUGUCGAGAGUAUAGACCGGGGAUUACUAUUGUAUGGGAUUCGCAAUGAACUGAAAAUGACAUUAAUGUCUACAGAUUUGCUAAGAGAUAGUGCCGUAGGUUUCGGUUUGAGGACUGCUUUGCGAUACAAUUUCAAUGAUAUUCAAUGCAAACAUGAGUCAGACAAACUGAAAGAGGAAAAUGAGUUAUUGAGGAAUCAAUUGUCAAUAAUGGAGAAACAAUUAGCAGUUAUUGGUGAAGAAAAAGACAAAAUAUUAGAUGAAUUGGAUGCCAAUCAUCGUAAAGAAGUUAAACAAUUGAAUUCAAUUAUUACUAAUCAAAGAUUGCUUAGGAUAGUCUAA